AUUUGAUUGGCUGAUCUCAAGGUCUUCUCAAGUUUGCUAGUUUGACUUACAUCUACUGGAUAGCUCCGUGGGAAACUGGAUUCACCGAAAGCUUGGUUUGCUACGUUAUUGCUUGUGUUUUUAGCUUGUAUCAUCAUAGUGGACGAUACGAUAUUAUAUGGACGAACUUCAUGCGAGUUUAUGUGGCCUUGUGGAUGUCCACCUACUUUUUGGGGUUAUAGAUAUAACAAACUUCAUAUGAAGUUUUUAAAUUAGUGUGAGGAAUUAGGAAGGCUAAGAAAUUCAGCUAGGGUUUUCACCACGAAUUUACAUCAAAUAGAGUACCGAGAUUCUAUUUAACCGCUAUGUUGAAUUCAUUUUGCGCUAGAAUCUAUACAUAAAUCCGACCACUUGAGUUUUACUUCACCGUUGUUUCACCAUUUAUUUUAUCUUCCAGGUUGUUUCCACUUCAAAAAUGUUAGUGGGUUUGUUUAGUAAUUUGAUACAUAAACCUGAAGUUCUGUGUCGAAAACCAAUUUUUCAUUUUGUGAAUGUUCGGAAAUGUCUAUACAGCACUGAUCAAGAUGAUAUACCGUUUCAUCUCAUGGUUGAAGGUUAUUAUGAUAAGGCUUCAGCCCUUGUUGAACAAAAUUUGAUAUCAAAACUUCAGUCAAAAGCGCCAGAUAAUGAAAAAACAAAGAUUGUUAAAGGAACGCUUAACAUAAUUCGGCCACCUACUCACAUUUUCGAGGUUAACUUUCCCCAUAAAGCUGAUGACGGAACGUUCAAGAUUAUUCAGGGCUUUAGAGCUCAACAUAGUGUGCACAGGCGACCCACUAAGGGUGGCAUUCGGUAUAGUAUGGACGUAUGCAGAGAAGAAGUCAUGGCUCUUGCUGCUCUGAUGACCUAUAAAUGUGCGGUCGUAGAUGUUCCGUUUGGUGGCGCCAAAGGGGGAAUUAAGAUAAAUCCCAAAGACCACUCUCCGGCAGAAUUAGAAAGGAUAACCCGUCGGUUUGCUCUUGAGUUGGCAAAACAAGGAUUUCUUGGUCCUGGAACUGAUGUUCCUGCUCCGGAUAUGGGGACUGGACCCCGGGAGAUGAGUUGGAUCGCGGAUACGUAUGCAAACACCGUUGGUCACAACGAUAUGCACAGUCAUGCUUGUGUAACAGGAAAGUCUAUCGCUAUGGGUGGUAUUCACGGUCGCAUUUCCGCAACAGGACGCGGGGUUUAUCAUGGGAUAGACAACUUCUUAAAUAACACAAAAUAUGCAGAUGCUAUCGGUUUAUCCCCAGGGCUGAAGGACAAAACUUUCAUUGUUCAGGGAUUCGGAAAUGUUGGUUUGCAUACAAUGCGUUAUCUUGUACGAGCUGGUGCAAAAUGUAUUGGUAUUGCUGAAAUCGACGGACAGAUUUACAACGCAGAUGGUAUAGACCCACGAGAACUCGAAGAUUGGCAAAUCGCAAAUGGUACGAUUGUUGGCUUUCCAUGUGCAAAACCAUAUACAAAAGGUUCUCUUCUUUUCGAAGAUUGUGAUAUUCUUAUUCCUGCGGCAAAUGAAAAGCAAAUCCAUAGUGGCAACGCCGAUAAGAUCAGAGCAAAAUUAAUUGGGGAGGGUGCAAAUGGUCCCACCACACCAAAAGCUGAUAAAAUACUGCGGGAGAAGAAUAAGCUGGUUAUUCCAGAUUUGUAUCUAAAUGCCGGUGGUGUUACUGUCUCGUAUUUUGAAUGGCUUAAAAAUUUAAAUCACGUGAGCUAUGGUCGACUAACCUUUAAGUACGAACGAGAUUCCAACUAUCAGUUACUAAAUAGUGUACAACAGUCUCUAGAGAAGAAGUUCGCUGACAAAAUACCGAUAACACCAUCCGAAGAUUUUCAGCUUCGCAUUGCGGGGGCAUCUGAACGCGAUAUUGUUCACUCUGGUCUGGAGUAUACUAUGGAGCGAUCUGCUAAGCGCAUCAUGAAUAUUGCAAAUACCUACAACCUUGGAUUAGAUGUUCGUACAGCUGCAUAUAUCAGUGCGAUUGAAAAAAUAUACAAUGUCUACCUGGAAUCUGGCUUUGUCUUCACUUAAAUGUCUUGUGCAACUUCAUGUCUUUGUGGUCGAUAUUGCAAUUACGGCAUAACAAAAAGGAAUUAAAUAUUAUUUGUAUCAAUAUAAGAUAUUCAACUGGCAGUUCUUUUAUGUAAUCAAAAUAAAAUAUGUUUUAUAGGUAUUGGAAG